UUUCGUACAUCACAACUCCCCACCCAAACACAGCCCAAAUCUCAACAAAGAUUCCAUCAUUCUACACUUUACAAAGUACUCCGUCUACUUUCACAGUUUCCAAGAAUUUGCUGACGCCCCCGAAGUACUUCUCCAUCACACAGAUUCCACAGAUUAUGCGUACACGCCUUCGUCUCAACUUUUGAGAGUCCUCAUUUUCUUGCAGUUGAAAACUUUUGCUGUUCACUUUUCUGCAUCUAGGGUUCCUCUGAAGUGAAGGUGGAGGAUUGCACGAAGUUGGCCAUGGAUUCUUAUGAUUUAUGUAGCAUAUGCCUUGACGUCUUCUGUCAAAACAACCCGGCUACGGUGAAACGCCUAUAUAUUUUUCUUUCGCAAUUAUUUGCCAAUUACAUGUUUGGCUGAGCCUAAAAUACCUUUUCGGAAAGAAACCUCUAUCUUAUUCUGUUGUUGAGUACUUUUGCUUCUAUCAAUUAUAGCUUUAUAUAUAAGUUUUGUGCUUAAGAACACGUGCUAUAAGCCUCAAAUGGUAAGAAACUUGGUUAAAACCAACUUUUUAAAGUUUUUCAAGCAGGUUUGGACCUCUAAAAGUUUUAAUUUUAAGUCAUUUUAGUUCAGAAUUAACUUUUUUAAAAGCAUGCUUUUACUUGUAAAUAAGUAAGUUUGUAUCUUUCCUGUAUGGCCAACCUUUCGUUCUCUAAAAUCAUGUCGGAUAAUGUCUUAUAUAUAGGUUACCAGUUGCAAGCAUGAAUUCCACCUUGGAUGCAUUCUUGAAUGGUGCAAGACAGGAUGUGAUUGUCCAAUUUGUUCACAACGUAUCAGUCUGGAAAAUUCUGCCAGGUUCGUUUUUGAGUUUUAGUUUCUUGUUUAUCAUUAAUAUUGAUAUGUGAUUACUACAUGUUUCAUUUUUGACAGCCAAGAAUUGCUGGAAGGAACAGAAAGAAAUAGAGGAAGAAAAAAACUUAAUAUAGCUCCUCGAAGGGCCAAUGAAAAUUCGUCCACCUCUUGUCUCAAGCCUGGCGAAAAUUCGAGGACAGAUGCCCCAUCCUCUAAGAAACAGAGGACGGAAACGAGGAAGACAAGGGCAUUUGAAACUAACGAGGAGGACGAUGUAAAUGAAGAGGCUAUGAAGAUGCUUCCUGCCUACCUUGCCUCCACUAUCGACACAAUGAAUAAAUUUGUUGGCAUCAGGGAGGCUAAGAGGGAAGAGUGACGAGGAUAUCCUCAAGUCUAGUGUCUCCCAUUUAAUGAAGAUGACUGUGCUUAUGGUGGAGCAUGCUGAUCGGAUGGUGUACCUGAACAAAGCAAGCCGAAAGACUAUGGAAGAGCUUGACGUUGCUCGAGAAGAGAUAGCUGAUCUUCUGAGGGAGAAGGCGAAGAUGAGGGAGGAGUUAGACGCUGCUCAAAUAGAGAUCGAUGCUCAUUGUAGAGAGAGUGUGAAUGCUUGUCAGAGGGCCAGUCGAGCCCGGCAGGCGAGUAUUAGGGUGAAGGCGGAGCUGCAAACGCUGAAGGGAUUCGGUGCAGCCAAGGGAGAGAAGCGCAAGGUUUACUCAGCUGUCAAGGAAGCUGAAACAUCUAAAGCAAUCAAUUCUUUCAAACAGACGGAGGAGUUCGAGAUCUUGAAAGAUGAAUUGUACAUGGAAGGGGCUCAUGCUUUGCUUGAUAAAAUUAAGGAGGAACGUCCACAGUGGGACCUUAGCUUUGUUGAAGAAAAUGACUAGGUUUGUUUGUAGCCAUUAAAGCCUUAGGAUUUGUGUAAAGCAAAAACGUGUUUUGACCUUCCCCCGUGUUUUUGAAAUGUUGUAAUCAGUCAUGGAAUGAAAUCUUUUUGUGAUGAUAUUUCUCUG